CGCCGCACCAUAGAUAACACUGUCAUUUUUUAUGGGCUCUCAUCCAGGCUGCGUUCAAGUAAGAACGAUGGUCUUCAGCUAUUCUGAACCAGACGUUUAGUCCGUGCGCAACGUUUUGUUUCGAAAAAAAGAUUAUGUGACCUUUACACUUUGGAUUUGGCUGUCAUGUGAAAACCUUUUAAAGGGGACACCGUAGCAAUUGACAACCGUUUGAGACAGCACUUCCAACCCAACGUCACUGUGGUUUCUACGUUUUGUCAGCGCUGAACGCGACCCUGCAGGUGUCACAUUUCAGAGGGGGACAAAAAGAAGUGGCCAGCCGUGCUUUAACAAUACCGUCCCUCUCACUCCAGGCAGCAGAUGCGCCGAAGAAAGGACACCGGACGCGGCUCUACACAAAGACAAUCAUGGCAGUGAAUGUUCCUGGACUGGUGGCCGUGUUGGUUUUUUAUGUUGUCAUCUUGGCAAUUGGGAUCUGGGCAGCUCGGAAAUCCAAGAAAGUGGAGAAGACAUGUGCCGGCACAAAGAGCGAAGUUACCAUUGUCGGUGGACGCAACAUCAAUGUCCUGGUCGGGGUUUUCACAAUGACAGCAACAUGGGUUGGUGGAGGUUACAUUAUGGGAACUGCUGAGGCUGUUUAUUCUCCCUCUCAAGGUCUCAUCUGGGCUAUGGGGCCUCCUGCAUAUCUUAUCAAUUUUCUUUUGGGAGGAUUGUUUUUUGCGAAACCUAUGAGGUCAAAGCGCUACGUGACCAUGCUGGACCCGUUUCAGCAUCGCUAUGGUAACAUGUUCACUGCAACCCUACUGCUUCCUGCUUUGGUCAGUGAUAUUUUGUGGGUUGCCUGCAUCCUCGCUGCUCUGGGAGGAACGAUGAGCAUAAUUCUUGGGCUGUCGUCUGCCCUCUCCAUCAUUAUCUCGGCAGCUGUCUCCAUCACCUACACUUUUUUAGGGGGUCUUUACUCUGUGGCAUAUACUGACAUCAUCCAGCUUUGCUUCAUCUUUGUCAGCCUGUGGCUCUGUAUUCCUUUUUUGAUACUCAGUCCUGCAGUAGCUGAAAUCUCACAUACAGUUCACCUCAACCAAACAAUUGGAAACUCAUGGAUCGGAGAGUUGAAGCUGGCAGAUGCAGGAAAAUGGUCGGAUGAGAUGCUGUUGUUGGCUUUAGGUGGACUGGCUUAUCAAGCUCUGUACCAGAGGAUCCUCUCUGCAGCCUCCUCAGCUCAGGCUCAGGUCACCUGCUUUGCUGCUGCUGGGACAGUUUUUAUUAUGGGAAUCCCUUCAGUUGUGAUUGGAGCAGUAGCUGCCUCUGCAGACUGGAACCAGACAGCGUAUGGUCUGCCCCCUCCUUUUGAGCGAGGGGAGGCAGGGAAGAUUCUGCCAUUGGCCCUGCACUACCUCACACCCACCUGGUUGUCAGUGUUAGGCAUUGGUUCUGUGGCGGCAGCAGUUAUGUCCUCCAUGGACUCUGUGCUGCUGUCCUCAGCAUCCAUGUUUACACAAAACAUAUACAAGGCGACUUUCAGGAAGCAGGCCUCGGAGCGGGAGCUGCAGGGGGUGAUCCGGGCUAGCGUGCUGCUGGUGGGACUGGCAGGAACAGGCCUGGCCUUUGGUGAUGACAGCGUGUUUGCCCUCUGGAUGGUAAGCGGGGACCUUCUCUACUGCGUGGUCUUCCCGCAGCUCAUCUGCGUGCUGCACUUAAGCAGUGCUAAUAGCUACGGGGCCAUCACCGGCUAUGUAGUAGGACUGCUGCUGCGUGGGCUGAGCGGGGAGCCGCUGCUUGGGAUUCCUCCUGUCAUCCUGUACCCCGGCUGGAGGGAGGUGGAUGGAGUUAUCACACAGUACUUUCCCUUCAGGACUGUUGCCAUGCUUUCCUCCGUGAUAUGUAUUAUUUCAGUGUCCUGGCUGGUGAAGCUCGGCUUCUGUCACCAAAAAAUUCCUCAAUCCUGGGAUUUACUGGGGGUGUUUGAAGAGAAAAAAGAGGCAGUUGGGGAGGAAGUUCCUGUUCCUCGAGAGGAAAAGAACAGUAUCCUUAAUACAAAAUUCUAGGCUUAGCUUAAAGGGAUAGUUCAGAUUUUUGAAAAUGGGGGGUGUGUGACAUACUUAUCCAUAGCCAGUGUAGGGACGCCCCCAGUUUAAAGAAAGAGGCAGGAAGACAUGCGCAGAAGCUAAGCAAUGUACUGCUGUUGACAGGGGCAGCUAACCUGACGCAGCCAGAUGGUUUGUUACAUAGAACCAUCUGAGAAGUCGUCAUUGAAAACUGUUUGGAAAGGGGCAGACGUUUCUUCUUUUAAUGACAAAAAUACUCUUCAGUUCUGAUAUCACUGAUGCUAUUGCAGCACCUACGCCAUCCUCUUUAGGAGCUGCCAUUGUUUCAAACAGUCACCUUUCCGCUACAAACAUGUAGCUGCCAGCAGUUCCUCACAGGAUGCUGAUUGGUUGGACUGCUGGUUGUGCGGACACAAGCACAAAAUUUAAAGCCUUACAAGAUGAAUGAUAUAUGAUCCCAUGCAAGGUAAGGGGGCAGCAGCAAAACAAAUUUAUGCCACCUAAAUAAAUAAAAAAUAUCAAUUUUAGAUGUACGUUAUAUUUGGAAUAACUUCACCAUAUUACUUUGCCGUCAGGCAAAAAUAUUUAAGUUCAUUGGUAUUUGCAGUGGUUAUAUCAUUACUGAUACUGGUUUGUUUGUGUUAUUGUGCGACUUUGAUGAAUCCGAACUAACCCUUUAAAACACCAAAGUCACACAUAAACACAAACUUACUAAAUGAUCAAGACAGCGUUACACCAGCAACUCUGCAAGGUAAAAUUACUGUUUUUGUCAAAGGCGUCUAGUGGCUUCGACGUGAUAAUUAACGCCCCCAGUUUCCCAUCAAAAAAGGUUGUCUGAUGGCAGGGUAAAGCCAUGAAAAUAUAUUCAAAAUAAAGUGUACACUUAAAGUGAUAUCGAUUUUUUUUAGUUGGUUGAAAUAUAUUUUGCUGCUGCCCCAUCUACAACUAUACAUUGCUUAGCUUCUGUGCCAGUACUCCUGCCUGCUUCUCUAAAAUUGGUGCCAGGACUGCCAUCUCCUUCACGCAUUACACUGACUGUGGAUAAGUACCUCAUUUAACCACACCUUUAAAAAAAUUCAAACAAUCCCUUUAAAAAACAACCUCAGCCAAAGUAUACGCAAACCUCUUUUUAUGCAAAUUUUUACCAACCUUCUUAUCUGCACAGACUAUUUACGCACACUCCUACAUGUACUGUAUAUUUCACGUUUAAUACUGUACUAUAUGCUUUAUAUGCACCAAACUCUGACCAGCAGUAUGUGGAGAAUGAUUCAGGAAGACAGUUGAUAGUGGCUGGGUGUCUCUUUUUACCAGAACAGGAUUAAGGCCACAUAUGAAGACCUCAAGAUUCUUAUCUUAAUGUCAGAAGUCAAUUUUUUCCCACAUCGUCCUAAUAAUCUUCAAAAAGAACCUCUUUUCCCAAUUAUUUACCACUUUAAACACAAACACUUUAGUAGUUUCUUAAUCUAGAAUCCUCAACUCAAAUAUUUUCAUCAGUUUUAUUACCUCUGACAAGGAGGUUGUAUUUUCGGUUUAGUUUGUCUGUCUGUCUGUCAGUAGGAUUAAGAAACAACGACCGGACCAUUUUUCAUGAAAAUUGAAGGGACGGUGUACUAUGGGCCAACGAACAACCCAUAAAGUGUUAAAGCGUAUUUGAAUCAUGGAGUUGAUGCUUAAAUUAUUAUUAUUAUUAUUUCAUGUGCCCUCGAGUGCCCUUCUAGUUUAAUGUGUAAUUGUUAUUGUACUAUCUAAGAAGGCGUUUUGCCUGAUUUUCCAUUUAUUAAGCACAGAGGGGACAAAGCAGUGCUGCUGAAAAUGCAAUACUUGAGAUGCUGAGAUUGAGUAUUUCUCAAACUUAAGUAUCUAGCAGGAUGUGCCUGCAGGUAAAAGUGUUUACCUUUUUUAUGUUUUAAAAGG